GUUGACUGUCAAGGCCACAUCGUGAAAGGAAAGAUUGAAGUGACGAAGGGCUUCGUUUACUCAGAUGCACCUUUGAGCACCCCAUUUGACGCUCCUAGGCAGACGAAAGAGCAGACCGCGACUCAUUCCUCCGCAACGACCAUGGCGCCUGGACUCAAUCUUCCACCGCCGACCGCAGGAGCGCCAAAGGGCAAGCAAGCCACUGUAGACGACGUCGAGGACCACAACAUCAUUGUGGCGUCGACCACUGAUGCAAACUCAGUGCCUCGCUUUUCAUCUGGAAAUGUCAUCCUUCCACCCCCAGAUAUAAGAAAUAUUAUCGCAAAGACAGCCGAAUACAUUGCAAGGCUAGGCAAGCAAUUUGAAGAGCGCAUGCGAAGCGAGGACAAGGGUGGGAAGCUUGCAUUUCUCGAUCCACAGGAUCCCUUCCACGCCUACUAUCAACAGACUCUAGAGGGAUUUGCAUCGGCCAAGGACGGUCUUGUUGAUAGGCUGUCCGAGGAAGCGCCCAAUCAACAACCGGGUGCGGUGGGCGAUCCGGCCAAAGGACAAGUGCCGGUGACAGAUGGCGCUGCCCAAGUGGAACCUUUUGCGCUCGAACCGGAGCGAUUUUUGUUCUCUGCCGAGCUUCCUUCAACCACAGCUGUAGACCUUGACGUUCUCAAGUUGACCGCGCUAUUUACUGCCACGCGUGGACGCUCGUUCGCUUCGGACAUCCUCGUAAAAGAAGGAAAAUCGUUCCAAUUUGAAUUCUUGCGCCCUUCACAUUCGCUCUUUCCAUUCUUCAACAGACUUGUCGAACAGUAUCGCCUGGUUCUUGAUGCACCUGAAGAGAUUCGCCAGAAGCUUCCUAUGGAUGUCGGGGAGCCAUCCGGCGCUCAGCUCGACUCUCGCAUUGGUGCUGGCAAGGGCGGCCUACGGACACAGCUACUUGCGCAAGUGCAAGUGAGAGCAGCGUGGGAACAAAAAGUUCGAGACAGUAAGAGACGCAAGGAAAAUGAAGAGGAGGCACUGAGAGCCGCCUUUGACGAGAUCGACUGGCAGGACUUUGUCAUCGUCCAGACAGUAGAGCUGACGGAGAACGACAUGCACAUCGAUCUGCCACUACCAAUGAGCAUCCGCGAUGUCGAAAACAUGACACUCGCGCAGAAGAAGCUGGCUUCCAUGAUCGUCGAGACUGACCAACAGCCAGGCACCGCAGACGAUGCGAUGGAGAUGGAAAGUGGAGAUGAGGAAGGAUCUGAUGACCGAAAGGCAGAAGAUUUCAUUCAGGUCGUGAAGUCCACGCGGGCCGGCGACAUCAAAGUCCGAAAAAAUUAUCAGCCAAAGGUCCUGGGGCAGCGACAAACCGCUGCUACCGCUUCUGUGGGAUUCACUUCGUGUCCCGUCUGUGGACAGCAAGUCCCACUCAAUGAAAUGGACGAGCACGUCAGGAUCGAGUUGCUCAAUCCACAGUUCCGAGAUCAGCGACGGGAUUUGGAGGCACGGCAGGCGCAACACAAAGCCUUGCAGUCAGGCGCCGAUCCGGUCAACGCUCUCCGUCAGUAUGCCGGCGCUCGCACAGAUAUCUUUGGCGCUGAGGUUGAUGAACAGGCACGGGCAAAACGCGAGGAAGAGGAGCAACGCCUGCGACGCGAGCGGGAGCGCUUAGCCUAUGAUGGGCAUCUGGCGAGCAGAACUACAGUAAAGGACCGGGCGCAAAAAGCAUCCAUGUCUGACGAAGCCGUUCGAGCUAGAGAGCAAGCGCAACGGCAAGCGGCGCAAGUGCCGGUCAUUGGGCCUCAAAUAAGCGCGCCAAUCGAGACGCUGGAGGCUGAUGCGUCGCUGAAAAGAUCCGCUGAAGAGCCCCCAGCGGACGAACCCGCAGCGCAACGUGUAGCAGUCGAUGGCAAAGCCCCAUCGCACGCCGGCUUGCCUGGUACCGAUUCAGCGAUCAGGCUUGGGCAGCUGAUUCCCGAAUCGGAUUGGCUUUCACUUCACCCUGAGUCGAUUUCUCUGUCCUUGCAAUUGCCGGAUACCAAGUCCGUGGCCAUGGCCUGUGAUGGACGAUUGAUCUCUUUGCAACCUAUGCCGCCCAGCACACAGAUUUCGGUCUUGCGAGACCUUGUGCAUAGCGAAAUUUUGCAGUCCGCUAUCGGUGCAAGCCGCAUCAAGUUUAAAAUUAGCGGCAAGGCCACAACUCUCAAACAGAGCUUCGCUCAUUGGAAUCUCAAAGACGGGUCCGUCGUCGACCUGACUAUAAAAUAGCUGGUACUUGGUUUGCGCCGUAGGAUACAAUACACAAGCCAGCUUCCCCUCUCCUCGAUUUCCAUUUCAUCUAUUAUGUCUGCGUCUUCAUGCGAAUUUGAAUGCAAGAUUUGAUUCUCUGCUGAAGACCAAUAGGGAAUGGACGCACCCUGCCAUGCAAGUGGUUCCUUCCCAGCCGUACGUUCCCAGAUCCCUCCAAAUGGAAGUUCCCAAUCUGGAAUCAAAUCGAAGUCGACCGCUCGCUUGAAGAAGUCUCCCAAAACUCGUCGGCCAGUGUGAAAGCCGUUUACAAGGAUUGCUCUGGCAUUCAUAGAAUGGCCGAGGAGUGCAUGUAUGGACUCCAGCAGACCGUCAUGGGCAUUGCUCAUCCAUAGGACGUCGCUGCACAUCACUAG